AUGACAAGAGCUUAUGAAAAUUCUAACCCAUUAAGAUGUCCAGUUAGAUUACAUGAAAAGUAUAUAGCUCUGCGUCCAAAAAACGGUACAGUAGAUGCAUUUUAUCUGCGUCCCAUGAAGAUGCCAUGCUCUGAUGUUUGGUACUGUGAUUCUCCUGUAGGAAUUCAUACCAUACAGUCCACUGUUAAACGUUUAUGUCAGUCGGCUGGUAUAAUUGGAAACUUUAGUAAUCAUUCCCUUCGUGCCACAGCUGCAACUCGUUUAUAUCAAGCUGGAGUGGACGAGCAAUUGAUCACUGAAAAGACUGGACACCGAUCUAAUGCUGUACGAGCAUAUAAAAGAACAAGUGAUGCCCAGCAAGCCUCUGUGAGUUCAGUAUUGCAUAGUGGUUCCAAAAAACAUAAAUUGGAAGAAUUGGUGGAUACAAGCCCAACUAAAUUUAAGCAAGAACGUUGCGUUAAUGAGGAAACCAGUGACAAAGAACAUAAGGAACUCAGAGAGUUCAAACUUUCAAUGCCAGGAAUGAAUUUGUCCAUGAAAUUUGAUUCAUUUGACUGUAGUAUUGCUUCAAAAAUUGCAAUAAUAUGUUUGUUCUAG